UGCGUCUCCCGCUGUGGGCAGAGCAGCGGCGGGGCGGCUCUCCGGGUAGCGGGUUUUCCUCCGUUGUGGGCGGCCAUGGCGGCAGCCGCCGAGCUGCAGGGGAAGUACCAGAAGCUGGCGCAGGAGUAUUCCAAGCUUCGAGCUCAGAAUCAUGUACUGAAAAAGGGUGUUGUGGAUGAGCAAGCAAAUUCAGCAGCUCUGAAGGAACAACUGAAAAUGAAAGACCAGUCGCUCAGAAAGCUGCAGCAGGAAAUGGACAGCUUGACCUUCCGAAAUCAGCAGCUGGCCAAGAGGGUAGAGCUGCUUCAGGAGGAACUUGUAUUAAGUGAAUCGAAAGGCAAGAAGAACAAGAAAAGUGGUGAACCUGUAUCACAGUUGAGUCAAGAACAGAAGAAUGUCUUUGAUGAAGACCUUCAGAAGAAGAUAGAAGAGAAUGAACGGUUGCAUAUUCAGUUCUUUGAGGCGGAUGAGCAACACAAGCGCUUGGAGAUUGAGCUGAGGAGCAGACUUGACGUCCUGGAGAUGGAGGCUGCACAGCACCAAGCCGUGGUGGAUGGCCUCACUCGGAAGUACAUGGAUACCAUAGAAAAACUGCAAAGUGAUAAAGCCAAGUUAGAAAUCAAAUCUCAGACCCUAGAGAGGGAAGCCAAAGACUGCAGGGUUCGGACAGAAGAAUGCCAGCAACAGCUAAAGCAUCUUCAUACUGACUUGAGUAGCCGGUUGGAUGAAUCUUUACAUAUCAUCAGUGAAAAAGUACCUUUCAAUGACACAAGGUGCAGCCAGUAUAAUGCUCUGAAUGUGCCAUUACACAGUAGACGGCGGCAGUUGAAGCUGCGUGACCUGGCUGGUCAAGCGCUGGCCUUCGUUCAAGAUUUGGUGAAGGCCCUUCUGAAUUUCCACACCUACACGGAACAGCGAGUCCAGAUCUUCCCUGUUGAUUCUGCCACAGACACAAUAUCACCAUUAAAUCAGAAGUUCUCACAGUACCUUCACGAAAAUGCAUCCUACGUUCGCCCUCUGGAGGAAGGAAUGCUGCACUUGUUUGAGAGCAUCACAGAAGACACCGUCACAGUGCUGGAAACCACGGUGAAAUUGAAGUCCUUUUCUGACUACUUAACAUCUUACGUCUGCUUUCUCAGGAAGAUUCUUCCUUACCAAUUGAAAAGUUUGGAAGAAGAGUGUGAAUCUUCUCUUUGCACAGCUGCGUUAAGAGCCAGGAACCUGGAGCUCCAAAGUGACAUGAAGAAGCUGACAGCGGUUUUUGAGAAGCUGCACACCUAUAUUAACCUUCUUGCCUUACCCAGCACAAAACCGGACCGCCUGCUUCGAAUGAACUUCAGCUCGGUAUUCACAUACAUUGCUUCAACUCUUCAUGGAUUUCAUGAUGUCAUGAAAGGUAUUUACAAGCACUAUAGUCAAAAAGCUGCCUUGGAGCAUGAUCUCCCCACAGCCACGCAGAAGCUCAUCACUACCAAUGAUUGCAUCUUGUCCUCUGUCGUAGCAUUGACCAAUGGAGCAGGCAAGGUUGCUUCUUUCUUGAGCAAUAAUUUAGACUGCUUCACUGCAUCGCUGAGCUACGGGCCUAAGGGAGGCACAGAGUUUAUCAACCCCCUGUCUGCUGAGUGCAUGCUUCAGUACAAGAAGAAAGCAGCUGCCUACAUGAAACUGCUGAAGAAGCCGUGUUCCGAUUCAGUGCCUUACGAAGAGGCCUUGGCCAACCGCAGGGUUCUUCUGAGUUCCACGGAGAGCAGAGAAGGCCUCGCACAGCAGGUCCAGCAGAGUUUGGAGAAGAUUGCAAAACUGGAGCAGGAAAAAGAGCAUUGGAUGCUAGAGGCCCAGUUGGCCAAAAUUAAGGCAGAGAAAGAGAAUAAAAGGGUCUUUGAUAAACUCAAGAACUCUCUUGGCAACCAGCGGAUUGAGGCAUCCCCGGAGAGCCCCCUCACGUUGAAUGCAGGUGAACAGGAGAAGGAGGAUGCCACAGAGAAGGUUUCCAGGGAGCCAGUUGAAAGUACAAGCCUAGUUGGGAUGCUGACAAUAACUACUGGAAACGAAGAGAUUCCAGAAGCUGACACCCGAGAAGACUUGAUCAAGAAUCACUAUAUGGCUAGAAUAGUGGAGCUUACGUCUCAAUUGCAGCUGGCUGACAGCAAGUCUGUACAUUUCCAUGCAGAGUGCCGAGCACUUGCAAAGCGACUCUCUCUAGCGGAGAAAUCUAAAGAAUCCUCACUGGAAGAGAUGAGACUAUGUAGGCAGAGCAUCACUAGAUUACAGGAUGAGUUGACAACUACUAAGAGAAGCUAUGAAGACCAGUUGAGCAUGAUGAGUGACCACCUCUGCAGUAUGAACGAAACUUUAUCCAAACAACGGGAAGAAAUAGAUACAUUAAAGCUGGCUAGUAAGGGAAAUUCCAAGAAGAACAAAAGUCGAUAGUUUUGUUCAGCCAACUGCCUUCUGGAUUUUGCUGCUGCGCAGAAACACAGUUGCUGGAAGUGGAAUUCGUUCGCCGAAUUGUUUCUUGACUGGACGUGGCCAUAGUGGUGGACUUACCCAUUUGUGCUUUGGUGUUGUCUGUGGAUGUGAGACAGCACCGAAUUUGGUAGCCAGCGUAACGCAAACCGAACGUGGUGUGGUCAAUAAAGCCGACAGGGAAGAUAUAUGCACUCCGUGGAUAACUUGCAUAGGAAUUAACCGUAACUUUUUACCGUACACUUUGUAACUACUUUCAAUUUCCAUGUACAAACUUCCUAGAUUUUGUAUAUUUGAGUGCAUAUUUAGAUGAAGAAAUCUUGCAUCAGUGCGGUAGUUGUCUUCUGCUAAUAUUGUCAUUCCUGCCUGUCCAUUCCUUUCUGUGGGUAAAAAAGGUCACACAAACCCCAGAACUAUAGAUACAAUAUAUUUCAGCAAUGUCUACCUGUGCAGUUAUUGUAAAAUGUACUACCAAUUCCCAUCUUUUCCUCUUCUAGACUAGCUUGGACGAUUACCUAAGAGAGGCAGUUUUGGUACAUUCAUACUGAAGCAUUCAGUGCAGCUGUGACUAAUGAAAUUCAUAUUAACUGUAAUGAGCAAUUAAAAGUGUACAGUAGUGGUCUCUUGAAAUCAAGUGCAGAAACUGGGCCAAAGAAGGAGUUUGUGUAAAAUCGUACUGGAGAGUGACAUUUUGUCCAUUUUUUGUUUGUGGUGUUACUUUUCAGGCAAAUCUGAUGAAAGAAAAGGGGAUGGAAACAGCUGGAGUACGAUUUGAACAGGUCAAAUACUGUGAAAAGGGACUUUUUCAGUGAAGACUUUUUACCUUGAUAAGAGUGGGAUGGUAUGCACGAUGGACCAUCAGUUACAAACGAAGGCUGGUAUAUGAAAGCAGGCUAAGAAGUCACUGAAUUAGCACAACUGUGCACAGAAGGGCUGAUUCAGGGCUGGAAAUAAGCCAACAUGGAGUGGGUGGAUGUGCAAUCCUGGGCUUUGGGAGCUAGCUGAGUCCUCACCUAGCAAUCUGCCUGUUUCUCCCAACCCCAUAAUUGCUUUCUUCAGGGAUGUGCUGCGGAGAUCCCUGUGCAUGUUCACCCAGGGUUUAUAUCACUUCCUCCAUAUGGCAUCAUAGACAACCUAGCAAUGUGUCCUGCAGCCUAUUUUGGCACUUUCAGAGUCCGAACCAGUCCUGUGUUGUUUGUCCUAUGGCAGUGGUGCUCUCCAGAUGUUCUGGACUAUAACUCCCAUAAUUCCUAACCAUUGGCUGUGCUGAAUGGGCCUUAUGGGAGUUGUAGUCCAAAAUACCUGGAGGACACUAGGUUGCCUACCUCUAUCAUACGGCAUUUAGAAAUUUGUCCAAGUGACGGCUUCAUGUUCUCUAAUGUAUUCCCGUUCACAUUUUCUUUGCCGUGUGGAAAGCUUGUUUACACAAACCUGAGGACUUCUCAAUGCAGUAUUCCGUGGAAAGACUCCACGGUCAAUUCACAAGACGUUCCACUACUGAGUAUUUCACACUGAACUACUUCUGUUGCCCCGUAAGAGAUAGUAGCUGUCCGAUAUGUAAGGGUUACUCCACUGUAUCAACCAUGUCAAUGUGUAUUAUGAGCAUAAAAUAAAUAUACUUCCAAGUUAAA